AACCCCGAUGACGUAAGCGGCGCCACGGCGGCGGCGCUGGAGUCAAGAGGGCGCGGGCGCGAAGAAAAAGGAUUAUUGUGGGGUAGAUUCCGGCGCAAGCGCAGUGUUUUACUUUCAAUGUCGAUAGUUUUGUUACAUAUUGAAUUUGUUUAACUGUAUUUGUUUCGUUUAAAUGAGUGAUUAAGUAUUUCACACGUUGUCUCAUUUAACUGCCUAAUUAAUUUAUAUUUGAGUUUGCGUGUUGUAGUCUUACGACAUAAUAUCUUAACAUCAGAAGUGGCAUACGUUUCUCGCAUCCUAGUGUAACAGUUAGCCUACAAAAUGGGCAAGAAACGCAAAAAUAAGCGCAAACGCCUGUCAAAACGCACACGAUCUUCGUCAAGUAGUGGCAGUUCGACGGAGAGCAGCUUAAGUAGUGGUCACAAAGACUCCGCCGAUGACACCACGAGUGCGAAAAAGGAUACGUUCUUCAUAGUACAAAUAAGUGAUGGGAACCUACUGGACUUUACUACGUGCCUGGGGACAUGCACGGUGCAGGAGGGCCGUGUUGGCAACCCCGAUGACGUAAGCGGCGCCACGGCGGCGGCGCUGGAGUCAAGAGGGCGCGGGCGCGAAGAAAAAGGAUUAUUGUGGGGUAGAUUCCGGCGCAAGCGCAGUGUUUUACUUUCAAUGUCGAUAGUUUUGUUACAUAUUGAAUUUGUUUAACUGUAUUUGUUUCGUUUAAAUGAGUGAUUAAGUAUUUCACACGUUGUCUCAUUUAACUGCCUAAUUAAUUUAUAUUUGAGUUUGCGUGUUGUAGUCUUACGACAUA